CACCAAACGCCGUGAUUUUUGACUUUCCCGGGCCAAAAAAAUCCGGGAUCCCGUGGGAGUCCACGCCUGCUUUUUCACGCACCAGUGCCCACUACAAGGCUCCACGCCGUGUGUUUCCGCUGGAGAUUCCACUGCGGCUCCGUUAAAUCUGCUGAACGCGUUUUCUCCGCGCCGGUGGGUCUCGAGCGCAUUUGCAGCCGCUGGCUUUGUGCGUCGGCUGUGGAUUGACUUGAUGCAUCCUUUAAAAGCUCCCUUCGGGUUUUUAAGUUCAAGAAAGCACCGGGACCCUUUGCCGUAUCGCCUUGGACUCUUACAGGAUAAUUAAAUGUUAAUUUUCGGCACCGGCGGAGCGCGAGAUCUUGCAGGUUGCGGACGAUGCCCAGCGUCUUUUUAUAAAACACCUUGCGAAAACAACUUCACCUAAGGAACCCAGUGGAUAACCCCUCGAGAUUAUUUGCUGUAUCUGUGAACUCGGAAAGUGAUGGCAGACCCCCCACGGCUGCUCGUGUGUCUCGCGAGUCUCGUCUCUCUCCGGUUCUGCGCGGCGGAUCAAGGUUCAGAUAUUCGAGGCUUUACCCCGUUCCAGUUCAUGGUUGAACCCGUCGACACGCUGGCUGUACGCGGCCUCCCGGCGGUCCUGAACUGCUCGGCCGCUAGCGACGCUCCGGUGAGGGUGGAAUGGAAGAAGGAUGGGACGUUCCUGAACCUGGUAGCGGACGACCGGAAGCGGCAGCUAGCCGACGGCUCUUUGCUCAUCAGUACGGUGGUCCACUCCAAACACAAUAAGCCUGACGAGGGGGUGUACCAGUGCGUGGCCACCAUCGACAAUCUGGGCACCAUCAGCAGCCGAACCGCACGCCUCACAGUGGCAGGACUUCCUCGGUUCCUCAGUCAGCCGGAGGAUGUGUCUGUGCGCUCGGGUGGCACUGAGAUGCUGAGCUGCGAGGUGACUGAAGAUCUGGUCCCGUUCACCCGCUGGGAGAGAGACGGUCAGCCCGUGGAGCUGGACAGCAGGGUCAUACAGCUGCCCGGAGGAGCUCUGGUCAUCAGCAACGGCUCCCAGAGCGACGCCGGACUCUACCGCUGCACCAUAGACGGCCUGGGACCGGCCAAAACCACAGAGGAGGCACAACUACAGGUGUCUACAGAUUCGGGUGUUGAAGAAGAGCUGGAGACUCUCCAGAGCCCUGUUGCUAUGGCGAAGGUUGCCGGGGAGAGCGUGUUGUUGCCGUGCGUCAUGAAGGGGUUCCCCGUGCCUGUGAUUCGCUGGACGUUUAACGACCGGCCGAUUGACGAGAGCCGUGAGCGUUUUGCUGUGAUUGGUGGAGGAAGCCUGCAGAUCGUCAACCUGACCCAAGAGGAUGCUGGGAUAUACGUCUGUCAGGCGCACAGCGGAAACAUGAGCAGCGAGAUCCAGGCCGAGCUCACGGUGCACGUUCCUCCUCGGUUCUUGACGAGACCCUCCAACACUUACGCCCAGGAGUCCAUGGACAUCAUCUUUGAGUGUGAUGUCACCGGGUCACCGCCGCCCACCGUCAAGUGGAUGAAGGAUGGAGACACGGUCAUUCCCAGUGAUUAUUUCAGGAUGAAGCAGCAUAACUUGCAGGUUUUGGGUUUAGUAAAAUCAGAUGAAGGUUUUUAUCAGUGUUUAGCGGAGAACGACGCUGGGAACAUCCAGGCCAGCGCUCAGCUGAUCAUACUGGAUUUAGACGUUGCCCUUCCUUCUGCUGUCCCUUCCCUGACCGAUGACACGACUGAUGUAGCGUCCAGCGCGUCCGAGCGCAGUGACCCGAAGCCCUCCGCCCCCCGUGAUGUCGUGGCAUCUCUAGUGUCCACUCGAUUCAUCAAGCUGACGUGGAGACUUCCUGCCGAGCCACACGGGGAGAACAUCACCUACUCUGUGUUCUACAGUCUGGAAGGCACUAACAGGGAGCGUGUGGAGAACACCAGCGGCCCGGGAGAGAUGCGGGUCACCAUCCAAAACCUCGUCCCAGACACCAGGUACACCUUUCGGGUGGUCGCGUCCAACGCUAACGGCCCGGGCGAGAGCUCCACCCCGCUAACACUGGCCACCCAGCCGGAGGUUCAGGUCCCGGGUCCGGCUCCGAAUCUGCAGGUGGUCUCUGUCAGCUCGUCCUCGGUCACUCUGAGCUGGGACAGACCGGUGACCGGACACGGAGAGAUCCUGACCUACAGACUCUUCUACAGCGAGAAGAGCCGAGCCGAGGAGCAGCAGGUGGACGUCCCGGCUCCGUCCUGCACGGUGACGGGGCUCAAGGCGUUUACAGAGUACAGUUUCAGGGUGGUGGGGUACAGCAGACACGGCCCCGGCGUCUCCACCGAGGAUGCUGUGGUCCAGACGCUGUCUGACGUGCCGAGCGCCCCCCCACUGAACCUCACUCUGGAGGUCCUGAACUCAACGAGCAUCAUGGUCCGAUGGCAGCCGCCCCCCGCAGGUGCUGUGAACGGAGAUGUGACGGGGUAUAAGAUACGCUUCAGGAAAGGUCCGAGGAGAGCAGACGCAGUGGAGAUGUGGAGCACACAGCUCUUCCAGAUCCUCCAGGGUCUGGAGAGAGGACAGCUGUACAGUGUGAGAGUGUCGGCCAGCACCGUGAACGGAUCUGGACCGGCGAGCGACUGGAGCACAGCCGAGACCUUCCAGAACGACCUGGACGAGUCUCAGGUCCCAGGAGUCCCCAGUUCUCUUCAGGUUCGUCCGCUGGUGAACCGAAUCGUGGUGAGCUGGACUCCUCCAGGAAAUCAGGAGGUGUUAGUGCGAGGUUAUAAGAUGGGAUACGGGAUCGGCAGCCCUCACGCGCACACGGUCAGUCUGGAUUACAAGCAGCGCUUCUACAGCAUCGAUGACCUCGAUCCUAGUUCCCAUUACGUCAUCACCCUCAAGGCUUUCAACAACAUGGGCGAAGGCAUUCCCAUCUACAACAGCGCCACCACCAGACCCCAGACCGACCCCAUAGACCCUGAUAUUGAUUUCUAUGAACUCUUUAAUAACCCAUACACCCCAGCACCUGACCCCGCACCCAUGCUGCCCCCGGUGGGUGUCCAGGCCACCGUCCUCAGCCACGACUCGAUCAAAGUCAGCUGGGCCGACAACUCACUCGCCAAGAACCAGAAGAUCACCGACUCCAGAUAUUACACCAUCCGCUGGAAGACCAACAUCCCCGCCAACACCAAACACAAGAUGGCGAACACCACGACCCUGUUCCAUACGGUUACGGCUCUGAAACCCAACACGCUUUAUGAGUUCUCCGUUAUGGUCACCAAGAGCCGCAGGAGCAGUACGUGGAGUAUGACGGCCCACGGGACCACCUUUGAGUCCAUUCCCAGCUCUGCUCCAAAAGAUGUGACCGUGAUCAGUAAAGAGGGAAGUCCACGAAUCAUCAACAUCAGCUGGCAGCCUCCGACUGAAGCCAACGGCAAAAUCACAGGGUACAUCAUCUACUACAGCACUGAUGUGAACGCUGAGGUCCAUGACUGGGUGGUGGAGCCCGUGCUGGGGAACAGACUGACCCAUCAGAUCCAGGGGCUGACGCUGGACACCACGUACUUCUACAAGAUCCAGGCCAGAAACUCCAGAGGCAUGGGACCCAUGUCAGACGCGGUGCAGUUCCACAGCCCUAAAGCAGAACCAUCAGAUGAGAUGUCCAGUGAUCAAGGGCUGCAAGUCAAACCCGGUCCCCCGACCCCCCCGGAGCACGGGAUCGGAUCAAACAUGGAUAAAGCAGGCAUCCGCGGCAGCCAGGAGAAGCAUGUUCUGGUGAUGGUGGUGAUUGUGUCUGUUGGUGUGUUCACUAUCAUCGCUGUGAUCGUGGGAGCCGUCCUGUGCACACGCCGCUCCAACUCCCUCCAGAAGAAUGUGUUUGUUCUCAGGAAGCGAGCGGCCUGUAAGUCCAGCGCUGGUUCACACAAGUACAAGAGUUCAUCUAAAGAGCUGAGUCCUCCUGAUCUGUGGAUCCAUCACGAGCGUCUGGAGCUCAAACCCAUGGACAAAUCCCCCGAGCCCAACCCCGUCCUGACAGAGACCCCCAUCCCACGGACCGCCCAGGAGCCGUCCCAUCAGAGACGGGGUCAAGAGACGGAGGACAGUCGGAGGGGAGUGAGACCCAAGAUGAUGAUGCCGUCCCACUCUCAGCCUGUGAUUGACGCUCACCCCAUCCAUUCCCUCGAUCAUCUUCAUCACCAUCAUCAUCAUCACUAUCACCUGGCGCCGCGUGGCUACCUUCAUCACCAGAUCAGCCUGAGAGCACCUGCCUCCCCGAGCUCUUCCUCACACACUCCUCCGUCUGCAGAAUGUGUGAGGAAUCAGGCCCCUGCACCUGAAGCUCCGGUGGCCCCCGGUCAGCCCCACACUACAGCUGAUCUACAGAAGACAGAGACUCUGAUCGGAGAAGAGCCGAGCACACACCCACUCAAGAGCUUCGCCGUGCCAACCAUCACUGUUUCCGCCCAUACCCCGCCCCCCUACGAGACCGCGUUACCCAGCACCCCUCUGGGGCCUGGUGUGAAGACAGCGUCUGUCGGGACAUUAAUUCGAGCUCGAGCUCCGAUGGCAGUAACAGUCCCCAGUGCUCCUGACCAAUCAGAAAGCAGCAUGAUGCUGGACUCGGUUGCGCUGUAGUGUCUUGCUUUAUCCCCUCACUCUUGUUCCUGUCACUCUUCCUCUUUCUGCUUUUGCUUUUUGGCUCUUUUCUCCUCCGUUGUCUUGCAUCGCUCAAUCCUGACUCUAACACGGCUCCUGUGGCAUGGCUCUCUCUCUCUCAGACGGAUGAACUCUCGGAGGAGAUGGCCCACCUGGAGGGUCUGAUGAAGGACCUGAACGCCAUCACCACGGACUGAACCGCUGCAAUCACUCACGGCUGAACCGUGUCCUCAGGAACGACCGGGACAUUUGAAUGAACGCUGAUCUCAGAUCAGCCUUGAGAAUGACUGAAAACAGAUCACGGAUUCAUCUUCUGCAUCCUGCAUGGAAGAGAAAUCUGUAAAACGAUCAAAACUCAAUGCCAUUGUUCAACUUGGAUGAACCGUUCUGCACAGAAAUCCUUUUACAUUUUUUUUUUUUGGAGGAUUGUUUUUGUAUAUUCCACAUUUUUCCCCUGUAUACAUAUGUUUUCAUUGUCUGCAAGGUCUUUUUAAAGGACAAAACCUUGCAUGCUCAAACUUUGGGCUCCAUUCAUGAAAUGCAAGCAACAUAAUUUAGUGUAAAUUAUGCAUAAAACCAUUCGUAUGUAAACUUGUCGCAUUCACAUCAAUGCAAAAAUUUACAUAAUGAACCAUUUAAACCAAAAUUUGUACAUGGAUCAUGAAUAUGAAACCAUUCUCACAUAAAUUCACAAAACCAUCUUUGCGUAAGUUGUCAAAUGGACAUUUUCUCAGUGUCUGUAACAUCACUUUAGUCGUUGCAUUGAAUGUCGAAGAUUUACAUAAGAGCAAAUAUUGAACAAUUUACAAAUAAUUAAUGAACAAUUGUGUUUGUUUGCUCAUGAAUUCUCAUGAACGUUUCAUGGAUUUUCUUUUUCAGUUUCUUACGUUUAAAUGUUUAAUCUCUGGAGGGAAAUGAAGAUUUGUCAUCCUCACACGCUGGUAGCAUUAAAGUCCAAAUAUGCAUUUUCCAACAUGGACAUGCCGACUUCUUGCAGAUCUUGCUUUAUGGCCAUCUUAAUUCAGACUGAAUCGAGUGACGAUGAUGUUCGGUGCUUCAGAAACUCCUCAAACGUGAGACUUUGUGAGAACGGAGAUGUACGUUCCUCUUCCUCGGGACCCUGAUGCCUGUUUUUGGGGCCCUAGAGAUUCAUCAUGAAGGAGUUUAAUGCCAGGUGACUCUCAGAUUUUUGUACUUUGAGAGCUAUAUAGAUAUAUAUAUAUAUGACAAACUGCAAAUCUUUGCUUAUGUGAGUACUUUGUACACUCUCAAAAAAGGAAAUGUUUUAUAUAUAUAUAUAUAUAUAUAUAUUCAUCUUCCUGUUGGUUUUUAUAUGAAGAUGACACGUUGCUUUGUAAACAUUUUCCAUGUAAGUUAUGAAGAGUUAAAUUGUCUGCGUUGUGUUUUCACCGUGCUGUUUAGCCAAUCCCUUCUCCCAAAGAAUGAGCGAAAGAAAAUAUCAGCGACAAACUCUGCCUUGCUCGUGUACAGUUUUUCGAGUCAUGAAUGUCAAUGUGGCUGUAACAAGGUAAGCUUAUGAAUACAGUUGUUUGUGUUUACAAUAACGGGGGAAGAUUAAAAAAAAGGGAAAAAAGACACCGAAUUAUGAUAUAUGGUGUACCAUCAACUGGCAUUUGCACUUUUUAUAUUUUGGAUUUUAAAUGAACGCUGAUGACUUGUGAAAUAUGAACCUAUUUUCUGUAAUGAUGUCACAAGUAAACAACUGGUUUCAAAGACAUUUAACUGUUGUUUAUUUUGUUGCAUUAUUAUAUUUGACCAUUUUGCAUUUGGUUUUUGCUGGAAAACAUUGCUUAUAUUUCAGAUACUUGUGGUUUUCGGUUCAGUGGUUGUUGAAGAAAAACUGGGAUGAUUAUUUAUUGUAAAUUAUUUUACAAUGUUGCUAAUUUUCCACAAAUGAUCAAAGCUGAUUUUGUACAAUGCUCAUUUCAGACAUCUAGAAGAUCAUUGAUGGAUAAAAGAUGGACAAAAAUAAGUAAAUUAGAAAGUUAUGGCUGAAUCAAAACGGUCUGAAUACAAAGCCUUGUGGAACACCGUUGGCUAGAAACAAAAAAUAUGGGACUAAAGUCUAAAAAAAAUGUUGAAUUUACAUAAUUCUUUUCUUUAGUUUCACAUAAAUCAAGUUAGAUAAACAUAAUUUGUUCAUGGAAGUUAUUUUUAAAUGAUCCAAAUAAGGGGUCUUAAUGUGUUAUGAUUCAUUUUCAUAGUUGUAUAACACUACAUUUUAAUAUUUUAACAAAUUAUUAGCUAGCAAUAGCAAAUAUUAGCAAACUAAACACAAUUAGUUUUCCCAUUUUUAAGUCCAUCUAAAAUGUACUUAUGGUCACGUGACUUUUGCUUUGAUACCAUAAACACAAAUUACAAAAUUCGUUCACCAGAAACAUUUUAUUUGCCCAAACGUAUGCAAAAUUAUGUAACUCCUUUUUUUCCACUCAUUUUAUGUUGCACAUUUUAUUGCAAACCAGUUUAUACAUUUGUUUCAAAAGUUAGGACUUUCUGAGGCAAAAAAAAAAAA